UUAUAGAGUUUUAAAUGGGUUCAGGUACCUCGUUUCAUAAACGGGUUUAGCUUAAAGUUAGGCAGUUAUAAUGGACACCUGACCCACUACCAACCCCAGUUCUAUUGAGUAGUGAGUUUGGAGCAAACAAGAAAGUUCAGCUAAGCAUCAGAGAAAGUACCCAGAUCUAAUUUGUAUGCCUUUCGUAGUUUGCAAAGCGGCAAACCCUAAAUCCUCUCUGAUUUUUUCUAUUGCUUAUCUGCCCAACUCUGUUUCCAGUAAGCGUCUCUUUUUAACAAUAACAAACUGCAUUAAAUCUCAUUGAAUGAUUCGAUACUACGCAAAUUUUGGUCUCUUAAUUCAUUUGAACAUCACAGAUUAGUUCAUUUGCUCGAAAAUGCCUUUGGGACUAAUACAAGGUCUAGCCAGGGCAAUGCGGAGAAAGCGAACGUCAUCUUUGGACAUUCUCUCAUCAAAACGUGCUCCUCGCAAUUACUACAAAGGGAAGAAUUGCAAGCCCACCGGUUUUCACACUCGCAAAGGUGGUUAUGUUAUUGUUCCGGAGAAAUUGCCCAACUAUGUAAUCCCUGAUUUGACCGACUUCAAGCUCAAGCCCUAUGUGUCUCAGUGUGCAUCGGAAGUUAAAACGACUGAAGCUUCUGAAGCUGCUAAAUAAAUAAAUGGAAGUGUUCAAUCUUUCUUAGUUGUCGAGCUGCCACUGUGUUGAUCUUAACUGAAGUUGAGCGAUUCUGGCGAUGCCAUUUUGAAGCAAUGUGAUAUUUCAAUGGAAUUAGAACUAGUUUGGUGAUAUCCGCUGCUGCUUGUUAAACUGAUGAUAAAUUUCUCAAUACUGAUUCUGGAGAGUUGAAUAAAGUAGUUUGAACUAUUUA